AAAGAAAGGUAAGGAAGAUUUAGCUUUGUUUGUACGCAAAAAGUGCGGUUUCAAUAGUUUGCCUAUAUCCACCUGCCUAUCUGACUCGGGAAAAACUCGUCGAAUCUGCUAUAACAAAUUAGGGCUUCGAAAACCCUAAAACAGAGAGCUCGUUUUUUCCUUUCCAAUCGGAGAAGAGAAAAAUGGUGUUCUACUUCAAGGCUCGACCGGAAGCCGGUGACUACACUAUCUUUAUGGGUCUUGAUAAGUAUGAGAAUGAAGAACUCAUCAAAUUUGGCUUCCCUGAAGACAUCUGGUUCCAUGUGGAUAAAAUGUCAUCAGCCCAUGUUUAUUUGAGAUUGAACAAGGGUCAAACAUUUGAUGAUAUACCUGAAGGUGUAUUGGAAGAUUGUGCUCAACUUGUCAAGGCGAAUUCUAUCCAAGGAAACAAGGUAAACAAUGUCGAUGUUGUUUAUACUCCAUGGCAAAACCUUAAGAAGACUGCCUCAAUGGAUGUUGGGCAAGUUAGUUUCCACAACCCAAAAAUGGUUCGUACCGUGAGGGUUGAGAAGCGAAUAAAUGAGAUAGUGAAUAGAUUAAACCGUACAAAGGUGGAAAGGAAGCCUGACUUGAAAGGUAAGUUGCACAUUCUUCAUAUUAAUUUUAUUUUGAGUAGCCUACAAAGGCUUACUGAAUUGUUUGCUGGAAAAAAUGAUAACUACCUAAUUUAUUUCUAUGCAUGAAAGUUUCCAUUUCUU